GUCCUCAGCAACAGCUGUGUGGCAGGGUCGGCGGGAGCGGCCGCGCUCGCGGACGAGAAGGCCGCGGCGGACAGGCCCGAGCCUCGUGCGGCGCCGGACUCCCUGAGGCCUCCAGACCACACGCGCCCGCGCCCGUGGUGCCUCGAGGAGGCCGAGCUGCCGUUGGAGGAGCUGGACAGGCUCUGGACCAACAGGCACUUCGCGGGCCCCCACGCCGGGGCGGAGGAGCUGGAGCCGAGGCGAGCGAGCUGGCUCAGCUCCUACGGGUGCUGCACCGCGACGGCCAACAGGAACCCCGCACGGCAUUCGAUGAGCGGGCCCCGCGACCUCGUUUUUCCCGUCUGUUUCCUCAGCCCGCUCCCGGUCCUCUCCUCCACCCCCCCUCCCCUCGCGCCAGCCUCUGCCUCGGCCGCUCUUUUUUCCACGUCGCCGGGGCAUCCAGCCAGCGGCCGCCGCCCCCGCACUGAGUGGCCCGCGAGAGGUGCCCGGGCGGCACCCGUCCGCGCGCGGUGCCCCUCAGGGGCAACGACGGUCGAGGCCUAA